CCUAAAACCAUGUCCCUGUCUCGUGUUGAAAAUCCUUGUUUUCUGCUCUUUCUAGCUGUAUUUCAAGCCAUAUUUAUCCUGAUUUUGUACCGAGGUGGAGCAUCAAGUGUGUUUCGGGGAUUUUUAGAUGCACCUCAGCCCUGGGAUUACUCAAAAACACAGGAUGUGUAUACAAACCUCAGCUUGUUCACCCGAGCUCCUAAUGAAGAAACUAUGCCAUAUUGCACAGCCCAGUCACCGAUAUUUGUUGGUCCAUUAACCAUCACCUUCAAUGCAUUCCCCAGUGAAAGAAGGAUAAUAAAAAAAAAUCCCUUUGUUCGGUUUGGAGGCUGCUAUAGCCCUCCUCACUGCCUGGCUCGCUACAAAUCAGCCAUCAUUGUACCACACAAGAACCAGGAGAAGCACCUACGACACCUUCUCUAUUAUCUACAUCCCUUCCUGCAGCGCCAACAGCUUCACUACAGCAUCUACUUGAUUCACCAGGCUGGGAAUGCUACUUUUAACCGAGCAAAGCUCCUUAAUGUUGGUGUCCGGGAAGCCAUGAAGGAUGAGGACUGGGAUUGUCUGCUCCUGCAUGAUGUGGACCUCAUUCCUGAAAAUGAUUAUAACCUCUAUGUCUGUGAUGAAUACUACCCCAAACACAUUGCCAGUGCCAUAGACAAAUUCCAGUACAGUUUGCCAUAUUGGUCCUUUUUUGGAGGUGUGUCUGCUUUGACUCCAGAGCAUUACAUGAAGAUAAAUGGGUUUCCAAACACCUACUGGGGCAGUCGUGGUGAAGAUGAUGACAUUGCUGCAAGGAUUCAGUUAGCAGGAAUGAAAAUAGUCAGGACCCCUAUUCAUCUUGGACGCUACAAAAUGGUGGAUCUUGAGCAACACACAGGGAGUGAAGAGCACCUAAGAAGGCCUGCUCCACUGCACAACACCAGAAAAACAUGGAAGGAUGAUGGAAUGAAUUCUGUAGAGUUCAAACUCCUUUCAAGGAAGAAGCACCUUCUUUAUACCAACAUCACUGUGGACAUUGGGAAUGCUCCCACGCUGCCUCCAGAGGAGAAAAACAAAGAAUAGAGCUUGAGCAUUGGUAUAGCACCUGAAAGUUGUGCAACACACGAGGUUCCAGCCUAUAGUUAAUCAGGAAUCAGAGGUCUACGAAGAUUGAGGAAUUGUUUCCUGCUGUGCACUUCACCUUUCCUCCAAACAUGUGAGGGUUAGAAGAAAAGUCUUCAGGAAUGAGGCAUGACCACUAAGAGACUGGAUUCAGUUUAUUGUAGAGAAUCCCUUAAGCGCUGUAAAAUGUGAUGCUACUGAGCCAGCCUCCCCCCCCACCCCCACCCCCUUCCGUUGCAGCCUUGAGGAGUACAUCCUUCAUCACCAGACAACUCCACUCUAAGCUGUGCACGCUUAAAUCAGCAUGACCCAUUAGCUGGAUAGUUAGUUGAAUGCCAGCUACAUAACCUCUGCAUAUCCUACUGCUUACUGUUUUAAAAUGGUAAUUGGGAUUAAACCCACUGAGGACAUGUUCUGUGUUUUGUCUGAAAGCAACCUCAGUCCCGUCUCCCUGGAAAAGAGAUUCUCUGGUUGCAAUCUUUUUUGAAAUAAGAUUUUUUUUUCCAUUAGUGUUAAAUAUUUCCCUUUCCAACUGUUACAUUUGUAAAUAUUCUUCAGGAAGUUUAAAUAUAAAUUUUGAAAGUUAACAGCCA